AUGGCGGGCACCAUGUGCGCGGAGGACAAAGGGACGACCAGCCCUCUCCUGGGGCUCACGGAGGACACCGCGGCUCCCACCUCCCGACCUUGCCAUACGGAGGGGCGGGAGAACCCUCACUUACCCCUGCAGCCACAAUCACCAACGAGGUUAACGGCUACACCGGGGAGACAGAAAUACACCGCGCAUCGCACAUCCCCGCCUGGAAACACUGAGCCUGCUGCCCAGCAGAACAAUCCGACAAGGAGACCGUCCAACCACUCACAUCCCUCCCAGCCUGCAACCAAUCGAUCCAAAAAGUGA